AUGGCCAGCACUUCUAACGACAAAGAAACAGAAAUACCACCACAGCCAUCGCAGCCUCUAUUGAAGCAGUCGAGUAUUUCUGAAAAACAAGAACAGAUUGUCAUCUCAGAAAACCCAGUUGGCAUUGAAGGCGAAAGAACCGAGCGAGUUGACGAGAAACAACAACUUAAAGAGAAUGCUGGCACGUCGGCACCCGCGAACACAGUAAAGGAUGUUGUUCGACAGCAAGACCUAGAGAAAAAGUCUGCGUACAAGAAAGAUAAUAAUUCGUUUGAUUUCAACCGCUUUCUUGAGCAAAUGAAGCAUAAAAGCACACAAAGCAUUGCAAAAUAUGUAAAAAGUUUUGAAAAAGAAUUUGCACGAAAGCCGUGGACUGUCAAUGAACAAAUCAAGAUUAUCCACGACUUCUUGGAGUUUAUAACUUUGAAAAUGCGGGAGACUGAGAUGUGGCAAAAUGCGUCUGAACAAGAAUUUGAAAACGCCCGAGAAGGGAUGGAAAAAUUGGUCAUGAAUCGAAUAUUCACGUUAACAUUUACUCCGGCAAUAAAGGGGCCUGUGACAACAGAUGACAGAGAGCGAGAUGAUAUAUUACAUCAGAGGAUUCAAAUAUUUCGUUGGGUUAGAGAGCAGCAUUUGGACAUUCCCAUUACACGCAACAAUGAAUCGUUUCUCAAUUUUGCCAAAUCAGAACUCUUAAAAAUCAAUAAUUAUAAAGCGCCACGGGAUAAACUUAUUUGUAUAUUGAAUUGUUGUAAAGUCAUAUUUGGAUUGUUAAGACUUGUCGACGAAGACGAAGGUGCUGAUAAGUUUUUACCAGUACUUAUCUUUGUUGUAUUACGUGCAAAUCCACCCGAUUUAGUAUCAAAUGUUCAAUACAUUUCGCGAUUCCGCAAUCCAGACAAGCUUGUAUCUGAGGCUGGAUAUUACCUGUCAAGUUUGAUGGGGGCUAUUUCAUUUAUUGAGAAUAUGGACGAAUCAUCUCUUUCAAUAACGAAAGAAGAGUUCGACAAUAAUAUCGAAAUAACUAUGAAAGAACUCGAACGCGAACGUCCAAAACUAGAAGAAAACGAUUCAGUCCUUACAUACGAUAACGUCGUCCAUCCAAGAUCUACACAAACAACAAAAUCCCCACUCUUAAACUCUGCUCAAGCAAAGGCAUUUUUAAAAGAAGGUAGCAACUUCGCCCAGCGGACAUUUCAAAAGCCGCUGAAUAUGAUGAACAAAUUCCUCUCCGAAAUCGCAAACGACAUCCAAGAUUUUUCACCCCUACCACCCCCAACCCCACCCC